AUGAGAGAUCAGAGUCCCCUAACUAGUUGCCAGCCCAGUGUGUGUUUUUGUUGUUACAUUAGGGUUAGAAUGAAUAGAACACAGAAAAUAUUAUUGAGGGCCAAAGCUACUUUGAAGGCUGAUGCUAGUACUUUGGAUUUACUGGAAAUCCCAAAAUAUGAAAGUACGAAAGGACUAGAUCAAAAUGAAAUAACCAUACUUCUUUCCAAUCGCCAUAAGUUAUUUAAAGAAGUUAUAUCAACUGUUGGUGAAGAAGUUACAUCAACUCUUGAUGAUGAAAUCGAACCCUAUGAAGACAGCGGCGAAGAAUACAUUCCAGAUUCUGAAGAGACAUCUUCCGACAGCGAUUCUGAAUUUCAAAACUUUAUAAAGUUUCCACCACGUGUUUUACGAGAUCGCCAGUCUGAUAUGGAGGAACAAAAACAAAAUGCGUUGAAUGGAGGGAAUAGAAAUAAGAAGAAUGUAAUCAACAAAAAUACAGGAAGAGAGACACAUGUAUUAACUAAUUUAGACCAACCAAGUACAUCUACAUAUAUAAAUUGUCCAAUAUCGUUUAAUGAAGUCACAACAACUACUAAUGAAACUGAUACGUACGAAGAUCGUGAUGCUGAAAAUGUUCCAAAUUUUGAAGAUACAUUUUUUGACAAUAAUGAAUUCAAUCAGGCAAAUCAAAAUUUAGACAAAGGAGAGGCACCUAAUUCGAGAAAGAAACGUGUAUGGAAUAAAAAAGAUCAUUGCUUUUUUUGCGAUACAGAGGUCAUGAAGUUUUCGCGACAUGUUAUACGACAUCACCAUUCUGAAAUUGAAGUUCAAGAAAUUUUAGCGCUAAAUGUACGAAGCAAAAGAAGAAAAGAUCUCUUUACCAAGCUCAGAAACAAAGGAAAUUUUUUGAAAAGUGCUGUUGGUAAACAUGUGGUACCAGUAAGGAAGCCUACAUUGAAUAGUUUAGAGCAACUCUCUACUACCGCAUACCUUCCAUGUAAGCAUUGCAAAGGGUUUUAUAAGAAAAAAUUUCUUUACAGACAUGUGAAAAAAUGUCCACAUAAUAACGAUGAUAAAACCAUAAGAACCAAUGCCCAAAGUGAGGGUCAAUCUUUGUUUGCUGCUUACAGAGAGAAUGAUAUUUUGCGAAAAGAAGUAUUUCCAACGAUGAGACCAGAUGAGAUAUCAUUUACAGCGAAAACAGAUCCUUUAAUAUGUGCUGUAGCUAGGAGGUAUUUGAAAAGCCAUCGUGACAAACAAUUCCGAUUAGUUGCCUCACGCAAAAUGAGACAACUAGCCUCCUUACUUAUAGAAAUAAAAAAAAAGAUUAAGGUUAAAAGUUUAUUCCAAGCACUAGAUCCAUUAAAUUUCGAUAUUCUUGUUCAGUGCACUAAAAUAAUCUCCCGAUAUGACGCCGAAACGGACUCUUAUGGUGCUCCAUCACUAGCAUCUCACAUGGGAACGGAAUUAAAAGACUGCAUUGACGUGGCUUACAACAUGUCACUUAAAAAAUAUAAAGCAGAAACAAAUGAUGCAAAUAAUUUAAAAAUUUUGAAAGAAUUAAUUGUUAAUGAGUGGCGGUUCGAGGUAUCCACCAUAGCUAACAGUGACUUACAACAAAAAAAGUGGAACAAACCCUCACUUAUUCCAUUAGCCGAAGAUCUUACUUUGUUAAAAGCAUACCUACUUGCUGAAAGCGACAAAUGUAGAAAUACCCUCGCGGAGUAUCCAGAAAAUGAAAAAGCUUUCAAAACUUUAACUGAAUUAACCUAUGUGCAACUGCUUCUCCUAAAUAGAAGAAGGGUUGGCGAAUUACAAAGAAUGACCGUAACUUCUUAUACUGCUAAUAUAAAUAACAAAAGUACAAAUGAAUUCGAUAGCUGUAUCACUGAAAGUGAAAAAGUCCUGAUGAAAUCCUUCAAAAGAGUUGUAAUAAGGGGAAAACGAGGUCGAGGAGUCCCGGUUCUGUUUACGGAAGAAAUGGUCAGAAAUACAGAUUUACUUUUGCAAGUCCGGAAACAUUUUAUGCGACACAAAAAUGAAUAUUUAUUUGCAAAUACAAAAUCCUCUAGUAGUAUCAGUGGAACGAAGGCAAUUUACAAGCAUGUAAGGCUUGCCGGUGUAAAAAAUCCGGCUGCUUUGACGUCGACUAAAUUAAGAAAGCACCUCGCAACGAUGUCUCAAGUAAUUAAUUUAUCUGAACAAGAUUUGGAGCAAUUAGCAAAUUUCAUGGGACACACGUCUGAAAUACACAAAACUUACUAUAGGUUACCUAGCGAUGUGUAUCAAAUGGCCAAAGUGUCAAAAUUACUUCUACUUAAUGAAAAAGGUGAAGCUUCGAAAUAUAAAGGGCAACGCUUAGACGACAUCAACAUCAAUUUAGAUAUAGUAGAAGAGUCAGAUGGCGACAGUGAAGGUGAUGACUUCAAUGAACAAAACAUAAGAGGCGAGAUUGAUAAGAACAACAAGGAACCCACUUCAUCUAAGAAAAAUUCUAUGUAUGUUUCCCAAACGAAAAAGAAACGUACGCUAGAGCCCUGGACGGAUAGUCAAAAAGAAGUGGUAUUAAGCUAUUUCAAAACUCACCUGAAGAAGAAAAUUCCACCCAAGAAAAAUGAAUGUCUCCAUUUAAAAAGUGAACAUCCCGAUUUAUUUUCCAAUAAAUCUUGGGAAAAAAUGAAAAUCUUUGUUGUAAACAAAUAUAACCAAAACAAAUAA